AUGAAUAGUUAUAAUGUGGCCGACGCAUCUAGCUACGUCUGUUAUAACCCAAAGGACCCAGUUAUAUUGAGGCUUGACGCUACCGGAGAUGGUUCACUAAAGCCUGUUACUAUUCCAGAACGGUUUUUUCAAGUUCAAAACUCGUUUUCCGAUAUAAUAGCUUUUAAAUACAAAAAUAGCGGGGAUGAACCCAAAGAUGAGAACGCCAUUUCCGAAGAGCCCUUAAAUAAGCCAUGGAUAUCCGUAACUUACAAGGAAUAUUAUCAAAUGUGUAGACGUGUGGCUCGGGCCUUUUUAUCCCUAGGAUUGGAAUCUACACAUGCCGUCGCAAUAAUCGGAUUUAAUUCGCCUGAAUGGUUUUACUCUAAUUUCGGGGCUAUAUUCGCAGGAGGCAUAUCCACCGGUAUCUAUACGACUAACGAUCCCGAUUCCUGUCUUUAUAUUUUAAGUGAUUGCAAAGUAGAUAUAAUAGUCGUCGAAAAUCGGGUUCAGCUGUUAAAAAUUUUUGCGAUUCAGGAUCAAUUGCCGUUCUUGAAAGCUGUCAUUCAAUAUAAAGGAAAUUUGAAGCCGGAUACAAUAGAAUACAAAUUUAAAAUUUAUUCUUGGUACGAUUUUAUUAAUUUAUCAUCUAAAGUAAACGACGAUGAUCUAGAUAAGAUAAUAAAUACAUUACGUGCUAAUAUGUGUUGCACGUUGCUCUACACUACGGGUACAACAGGUAACCCUAAAGGAGUAAUGAUAAGUCACGAUAAUAUUACUUGGACAGCUAGGCAGGUUGCUAAAAUGACAAAGUACAAAGCUUGUGAAGAAAUAAUGCUAAGUUAUUUGCCCUUGGGCCAUGUAGCAGCUCAAAUGGUUGAUAUAUACCUAUUUAUGGAUACUGCGAAUACCUUGUAUUUCGCUCAUCCCGAUGUUUACAAAGGCACGAUUGUUAAAUACCUUCAACAGAUCCGGCCAACAUUAUUUGUGGGUGUUCCGAAAGUGUACGAAAAAAUUGCAGAGAAAAUGCAAGAACUAUGUGACAAAAUGUCAGGGGCAAAAAAGGCAAUAACUGACUGGGCUAAUGAUAUUGGAUGGGAGGGAUCAAUUGCUGAAAUGAAGGGCAAGCCUUUACCUAGCUUUUAUUGUUUAGCAAAAGUAUUAGUUUUCAAUAAAGUAAGAAAGGCCUUAGGUUUGGAUCGUUGUACCUAUUUUGUUAGCACAGGGGCAGCUUUAUCCCAGCAAACUCUCUCAUAUUUAAAUUCAUUCAAUAUUCCUGUUAUGGAAGUUUACGGGCUUAAUGAAUGCAGUGGUCCAUGUACGAUUAACUAUCCAGGACCGGGAAAUAAUUGGGCCGGCAGUGCGGGAAUUCCAUUAAUCGGUACUCAGGUAAGGAUAAGUUCUCAAUAUGAUGAUUUUCCCGGUGAACUCUGCGUAAGCGGUAGAAAUAUAUUUAUGGGAUACAUUAACAAAGAAAGAGAAACAAAUGAAGCAUUUACCCAAGAUGGCUGGUUCAGGGCGGGAGAUUAUGGCAAAUUAGAAUUAACCGAAACGGGUGGACCAUUUGUUUUUAUUAAAGGAAGGAUUAGGGAAAUUAUGAUUCUCUCUACAGGGGAAUCCGUUUCCCCAAAUGAAAUAGAAGAGGCUAUAAAAGAUGAAUUAAAAGAUUUCAUCAGCAACGUGAUGGUUUUGGGCGAUCAACGAAAGUAUCUAGCCGCCCUUUUGACCGUUAAAACGGAAGAGGAUGAAACUUUAAUGCCCAUAGACAAAUUGACACCUUUGGCCCAAGCUUGGCUGAACUCAAUUUUAGGCCUGAAUAAUAAUAUAACCAAAUUAAAUGAAUUAUUAAAAUCAAAAUCUGUCAAACUUGAUAAAGCAAUUCAAAUCGCUAUAAAUAAAGUUAACGAAAGGAAUCCUGAUAAAUUUAGACACAUACGAAAAUGGGCACUUCUUCCUAGGGAUUUCAGUGUGAUUGGAGGAGAAUUGGGUCCUACCUUAAAGAUAAAAAGACCCCUUGUAUUAGAGCGAUACAGUGAAAUAAUUGAUUAUAUGUAUCUAGGUACACCAAGGAGCAGUGAUAAAUACUUAAAUAAAAAUUCAUUAUGA